ACAUCCUCUGUUAUGACCGCGCAGUCUAUCGCCCCGGAAUCGGCUUCUAUGUCUGACACUGGACCCUCAGCAAAGAGGAGAAAACUUACUCCUGCCGAAAAGUCGGAGCAGGCACAAUUAAAGGAAACCAAGGCACGCGAAAAAGCCAAGAGAAAGGCGGCUGCUGAAGAGAAGAAGGCGCAGGCGGAGGCUGAAAAGGAAGAAAGAAGAGCCCAAAUUGAGGAAGAAAAGGCACGCAAAGCCGAGGAGAAGCGGCUCAAGGACGAAGAGAAGCGAGCCAAAGCAGAAGAGAAGGAGGCGAAAAAACGCGAAAAGGAGCUGGAGGAGACCAAGAAGCAGGAAGAGAAACUUGCCAAAGAGCGGAAACAAAUGCGCUUAGGAGCUUUCUUUGGUGGCAAGCCGAGCACGCCCGCGAAGCGGAGCAUCGACGGCGAGGAGAUCGCACUCCUUUCUAGGCAGAAGUCGUUGUCUCUCGAGCCCUUUGAUGCUGCAUCAGCACAACUCAAAUCUACCACAUCGCCUGUAAAACACAGUCCCGCGCCGGCAUCUAGCAAGAAGUCUAAUGUCUCCGACUAUCACAAGACAUUUCUGCCAUUCGAGGCGCCUACACAUAGCCAAGUUGCUCCAGUUGUACGAGAUGAGCAGGCUGAUCAGGCACGUUUUGAUCACGACCUGAACGAUCCUUUGGUCCAGGAGAAAUUUGAUCUAGGCCUUGUCUCGUCGUAUGCCAGUCUAGACAGCUACUUUGGUGAGCUCCGCAAUGCACGACGUGGGAAGCGAGGUCAUCCCAACAUCCGAAAGGUGGUGGAGAGAGCUCAGGGAACCUCCAAGGAACCGAUAGAUCUGACCGAGGAAGGUUCGAGAGAGUCGCCCGAUUCCAUCCUGCGUAAGGUUGACACUAAGUAUAUUCACUUCCAUGAAGACGUACGGCCAGCAUAUUGUGGUACAUACACAAAACUCACAUCGCCUCGGACGACUCGGCGCACGAUGCGAAACCCUUUCACACGCUCGCGACCUGAUACUGAUUACGACUACGACUCGGAAGCAGAAUGGGAAGAACCAGAGGAGGGUGAGGACAUCGGCUCGGACGACGACGAGGAGGCUGAUAGCAAUGCCGAUGGCGACGAGAUGGACGAUUUCCUGGAUGAUGAAGAUGAUAAGGCGAAAAGUAGGCGCAAAGCGGUCACAGUAGAGCUCAUUCCACAAAGCACCGGGCUCUGCUUUGCAAACGAUAGGGGCCGAGUGCUACACGUGGACGGUGCACAAGUGGCGGUUCAACCGCCUGUGAUGGAUGGCAUGCGAAUGGGCUUCUUGCUUCCGGGUUUGUCUGGAAUGACAAUCGACCCCUUCUCUACGUCGUAUUGGGAGACGCCUGCACCGGCACACACUGCAGCCAACGCCAUCUCAUCCGGAAAAUCUCUAGGGACCCGACCUUCUCCCACUGCCGUCAUGGCACCUCCACGAAAGCCUCUGGAGCCCAGACUCAACUUCAACAGCUCAGCGGAGUCUGCUGUUUUCGCACUCAUUGGAGCCGCCGAUGGUCAGAAGGGUCCCGUAUCAAGUACAACCGCCAUGACGCCGGCCGUUAAGCGUGGUCGCAAACCCCAACCGAAGGCUUUGAGUAAAGAAGAUCUGGAUGAACUCAAGGCAGCCGUUGUUGGCAACCAACUGGGCAAGCUGGAUCUACACAAAGCACUAAAGGCGAGAUUCCCGAAAUUAACGAACGAUGCCAUCAAGGACAACCUCAACAACCUCUUUGCACAGAAGGGCUCUGGCAAAGAGAAGAAGUGGGUCUUUGUCGGCGAU